AGCGCAUUUAAUAAUCGUGUCCACAUAUCACAGGCUUGUCCUAGUAGUGAGUUUCACUCUUCUCAAAACAUUGCGCUGUCCACACACACGCACGAACACUUUCUGCUCUCUCUCUCUCUCUCUCUCUCUCUCUCUCUCUCUCUCUCUGUGCGGUGGGGGUGUGAUUUCACACCAGCCAAAGUUAUAUCCACAAUCAAUACACACACAGGCGCAUAUCUCUCUGGUUCGUGAUGGGUGGGGUGACGUCAUCAAUGGCUGCAAAGUUUGCGUUUUUUCCGCCGAACCCGCCGUCGUAUAAGGUGAUUAAAGAUGGGUUUACUGGGUUGUUGCUGUUGGACCCUUUUCCUCACCGGGAGAACGUGGACGUUUUGAAGCUGCCGACUAGGAGAGGUAAUGAGAUUGUGGCAAUGUAUGUGAGGUAUCCUAUGGCGACUUCCACGCUGCUUUAUUCUCAUGGGAAUGCUGCUGAUAUUGGGCAGAUGUAUGAGCUUUUUAUUGAAUUGAGUAUUCAUCUAAAGGUUAAUCUCAUGGGGUAUGACUAUUGCGGCUAUGGGAGAUCAACUGGGAAGCCAAGCGAACAAAACACUUAUGCAGACAUUGAAGCUGCUUAUAAGUGUCUUAAAGAGAAUUAUGGUGCUAAGCAGGAAGACAUAAUACUGUAUGGCCAAUCUGUUGGAAGUGGGCCUACUUUGGAUCUGGCUGCUCGUUUACCUCAGCUGAGAGCAGUCGUUCUGCACAGUGCUAUAUUAUCAGGUUUACGAGUCAUGUAUCCUGUCAAAAGAACCUAUUGGUUUGACAUCUAUAAGAACAUCGACAAAAUCCCUUUGGUGACAUGUGCUAUACUAGUCAUUCAUGGGACUGCAGAUGAAGUUGUUGAUUGCUCUCAUGGUAGACAACUUUGGGCAUUGUGUCGAGAGAAAUAUGAACCAUUAUGGCUCAAAGGAGGGAGUCACUGCAACUUGGAGUUAUACCCAGAGUAUCUCAAGCAUUUGAAGAGGUUUAUAUCUCAUGUUGAAAAAACUCAGUCCAGGCGGAACGGUUCAAGGAAUAGUGUAGAUGGGCGACUGGAACACUCCAGGAGUACAGAUUAUGUUGAGGCUCCAAGAAAGAGCACUGACAGAAGAGAUAAACGUAGACAGAGCACCAGUAAAAAUGAAAAACUGAAAUUUUACGAAUACAAGUUUGAUAAUGAUAAUAAGUUUGCCGCCAAGUUGAAAAUACCUUCCGAUCAAAUUGAAAAAUCUCGUAGAAGUGUUGAAUACCAUGAGAAAUCUCGGAAAAGCGUUGACAAACAAUUUGAAAGAGCGCGGCGGAGUGUGGAUUGGGUGGAUAGAAUUCAAGCGGCAUAAAUUGUUCAAAGUUCGAACCGGGCCUUUGUGAGCUGAGAGAGUACCAAGAGAAGGUUCAAAGAUAGGUGAAAGCAAUUGAUGAUUAACUUAUAUCGUGUGGGGGUGUGGUUUUUACUCUUUCAUCUUUUUAGUUUUUCUAAUGUAAUGUAAUGUUUGAAACCUCUGUGCAUUCUCAACUUCUCAUACUACAAGGUGUGACAGAACAACCAUUACUCACUAAUUAAACAAUCCUUCUAUAACUGUAUUGGAGAUCAGCCUUCAGUUUCAUACCAUGUACAAUUUCUUUUUCCUCUUA